AUGGUGGUGCUACACACACCACCCAUCGCAGUCCCACAGAGCCAUGACCUCUUACCGUACCAUGGAAAAAUAAAGGCCGUGAAAAUAAACCUUUCAGUAUUAGCACUUGAAAUUCUGCGAAACAGUCUUCCUAACAGAGGAAAAUAUUACGCAUUUAACCUUAAGCGACCAGAAUGCCAGCGAGCCUGGGGGUAUGCUGUUCCUCCACCGACAUCGCAGCCAACCUAUUCGAGCACGUACACCAUUAUUCAACAGCCUGCUACCACCACUUCUGUAGUAGUAGUUGGUGGCUGUCCUGCUUGCAGGGUUGGCGUGUUGGAGGACACCUUCACCUGUCUCGGUGUUUUGUGUGCCAUUGUAUUCUUUCCAAUUGGGAUUCUGUUCUGUCUUGCACUGAGGCAGAGAAGAUGCCCUAAUUGUGGGGCAGCUUUUGGCUAA